CGUAGUUCAUGCUGAUGCAAAGUCUUACGGCUUUUAUCACGAAAACCGCAUGGAAGCCUGUUGAGUGGUCACAGAGUAUUGAAGCAUCGCAAAUCUACUUCUUCACCCUCAUUACAUUGUCUUGGAAGAAGUAGCUACCAGAAGCGCCGCCGCAACUACAGGAGGGCGUGAGUGUGAGUUGCCUCUGUCGAAGUUGUGAGAACACGGGUAAGAGUAUACUGGUCUAUAUUAUUGUUCAUCAACAUCGCCAGGCGCAGCCUGUUUGCAGCGGCCAGCGACCUACCUGUCGAUUCUCAAGUAAGAAACGCAGCAUCAUGGUCUUUCUGAUGGCAAUGGACGAUCCUUUCGCAGCAGCGGCGGUGAACGACGACCUGGAGCAUUCCCGUCAUACCGAGCAAAUCGACGACCAGAGGCAGUUCACCACGGCCUCACCAACACGAGAUGGGACGCGAUGGGAGGCAGGGGGUACGGAGAAAUAUUGUGUGUAUCUUCAGUGUGGAUUAGGAACUGUUUGGGAAAUGAACAUACAGAAACAGGAAUGCUUUUCAGCAUGACCGCCGGUAGCCAAUAGUAUCCAUUACUACUUCCUUCGGAUCCUGAAUGUGCUGGGAGCCGAAAAAUAAUAAACCCCAGCACAUGUUGAUCGCAGGUUCUGUCAACGACGACGAAAAUGUUACCGACGGUGAAGAAACGCGAAACGACAGGAUGCGUUGGGGUAGCGAAAACCCGCCACCGAUUCGACAGUCGCAGACCGCUGCGGCGACGUUUGCAGGUCGCGCUCACAAACCACUCGGGGCGCAGGGCUCCGCCACAUACGACGACGAUCUCGAAAAUGUCGCCUACAACAACCGCACCAGUGGCACUUCGGUUUCUUCCCGAACCGAGUAUCCCAGCAUAUGGAGUUCUCAAAUGUUACAUUCUCAACUGUUACAUGGAUUUGUAAUGCAAGACUGGCAAAACAAGUGAAAGGAGGAAGAUUGCGCCUUUUGCAUUACAAGUUUGGCGCAGAUUUAGAUGCUGUUUAGCCCUUCCGAAAUUUGUCAUGCGAAGCAGCUCGAUCAUGUGCCGGCUGAAGUUGCUUUUGCAUGACAAAUCCAUGUAACAGUUGAGAGUGUAACGUUUGAGAACGCCAUACAGCAUCAAAAAGAGCUCCGACUACGCCAAACUCCGCACCUUCCGCACCCGGUCCUUUGCCACGAACGUCGGGUUCACGCCCGGCAGUGCGACUAGUUCGACGAUUCUUGGAAGCGGGAAGAAAACGACGACAUCCGCUGCGUUGGCGCACCAAGCGAGCACGGACAGUGCCAAUCGGUUGUAUCCGACGGGUCGCGAGCAGCGUUCUACCUCCAAAGACCAGGAACUCUCUGGAGGUCUAACAGCAAUCCAGCCGGACUUCAGCGCAGAGGGCAACGCAAAACAGGAGGGGAGUUCUACCUUCUCGUUCUCCGAAGCGACCGCUACUAGGGGUUGUACUACAAUAUGGCGUUCUCAACUGUUACAUUCUCAGCUGUUGCAUGAAUUUGUGAUGCAAGAAUGGCAAAAGUCAAAGGGGUGACCUUGCGCGUCUAGCAUGACAGAUUUGGCACAGAUUCUCAGCCUGUUUGGCUCUUCGAGAAUUUGUCAUGCGGAGCAGCUUGUUCGUAUCAAUUCUACUUGUGAUUUUGCAUGACAAAUCAUGUAACAGUUGAGAAUGUAACGCUUGAGAACGCCAUAUACAACGGCGCUUAGUUCGAGCGGGCCGCCAGGGGUUAGUACAACAGCAGCAGCUGCAGUUCCCGCAAGUGCUUCUAACAACUACGGGGCGACGGUAACACGGGACAUCGGCUCUUCUGCCCCCCUGCCGAAGAAGGAAGCGACGCAGGAGACAAUCUCGUCUAUCAAAUGUAAAAAUGUCUGGGUCUGGAAGAUUCCGAGAUUUGUCAUGCAGUUUUUCCAAGCUCCACUAAGUCUGGAAUGCAGGACCUAGCAUCACAGGAGCUGCAGCCCCUUUGUGAUGCCUGCUGUUCUGCAUAAGAAAUGCCCCCGCAGCAUGGCCAGAAAUGAGCACCUUUUGCAAGUCACGCAACACAGAUUUUUGUAUGAUGCGCAACAUGCAUCACAGGUUGCAUUCUUCCAGACCCAGACAUUUUUGCAAUCCAUAUCGUCGGUCGAGGAACGAACGUCCUCCCGCGAUAGCUCCGCACCCUCUACCGACGAAAGUAAGUCGAAAAAGAUGAGCUUAGGGGCAAAAAUUUUGCGGACCAUGGGCUCUUCCGGGCUCGCGAGCAGGUCGGAUUCGUCGAAGGACACGACGAGCAGACACCCCUCCAAGCACUUGAAGGACGCAAAGUCGUUCGGGUUGUUCUUGAAAGACAAUCAGGUGGAUGUGAAAAAAAUGAAGCAGGCGGCAGAGAAAGCGCACGAGAAAUCGCUGAUGAAGAACUAUCGGGACUUCUUUUUGUUGGUCUCCAAAUACUCACCGGACGAUCCGAACCUGGUAUAUUAAGGGUUGUUUGUCAUGCGAUCUUCACAUGCAAAUUUACGUUUUACGAUGAUGAGUUUGUGUUGCAUGACUGCAACUUGAUGAAAAUUAAUGUCCUGAAAUUUAUAUAUGUUCUCGAAUGACAAUCAUCCAGGCCACCCUGGACGAGGUCUACCAGUCUAACGAAGCGAACCAGAAGUGUUUCGACUGUCUCCAAGACAAUCCGCAAUGGUGCUCGCUCAAUCUCGGCAUUUGGAUCUGUUCCUCCUGCUCCGGCCAUCACCGGUCUUUCGGGACGCACAUAAGUCGUGUAAAGUCUGCUGCACUGGACAACUGGAGCAACGAACACUUGAGGUGGAUGCGCGCGGGAGGUAAGUACUUAUGGUUAUUGGUUUGAUGUUCUUUCACUUUCACUACAUAUACAGUUGCUAUACACCCUGUGUUGCAAACGAAAGUUCUAUGAACGUCCUCGCACAACUCCAUCAAAAAUGACCCCCCACCACCACUCAGGCAACCACAUCCUGGAGGAGCUUGUCGCGCGCUACACCUUUCCCGACUUCUUCACGGUGCACGAGCUGUACCACUCGAGGGUCUUAGAAUGGUACCGCCAGUACCUGUCGAAAAAGGUGCAGACGGCAAUCGCAGACGAGACCAACGAACCGCCCUCGCCAAAUUCCGGUAUUGAGAUGAUGGAGGGUUUCCGCCCGGCUAUCGUCCAAACGCUCGGCCACGCCGAGUUGCGGGCGCUCGCGGCGGAGCUCGGUGACAGCAGAGCAGAUCCGUCGAGUGCAAUGAGCAUAAAAUCGCGGGAACCACAUGGCAGCACGUCGAGAAGCAGUGGCUGCUGCGGCUUGUUCUCUUUUGCAGGUGGGAGGAGAAGUAGAAAACCAAAAGAACAGCCGGGCUUCCACCACCUGCAAACCAUGACACCAGUGUUGCCGCAAGCCAAGAAGAGUUCCAGCGCGCCGGCCGUUACAAGCGGGGACGCGGGAAACGUGGCGAAACCGCCGUAGAGGACUUGUGGAUCAUGCUGGUGGUCCAACGUGCUUCCCGACAGUUUAACAUAGAAUGAGAAAUCUGAUGAAAUUUAAAUUUCUUAGUGGUCGUACUGUGACAUUUGCAUUUGGUACCACAUGACCUCGAGAACGAUGAAACAUAAAGAGAAACUACGCGCGCAUGAUGUGAUAGAUUAACUGCAACAUACGACAUGACGCAUAUGAUGAUCUUCUUCUACGAACGCUCUUGUUGUCCCGUUUGUAGUUCGUAGCCUCCUGUGCAGUUGCCGUCGCACUUGCACUAUGCAUUGCAAAAGUAUCGCACUCGCAUAAAUGCAUUACAAAUUUCAUCAGCGUGAGAGAUAAAAUUUGUAAUGCGGAUUUGACUUAACGAGGAAACUUGUAAUGCAUGAUUGCAAUGCGAGUGCGAUACUUUUGCACAGGAAGAUAUGCACCAGCGCACGCAGGCUGCGUUCUUCGCGGUGACAGAAGAUAGAGACUACGCAACGAGGGUGUAUUCAUCUAUUUCCAACAACGGUAAGAAGAACGGCGCGAAAGUACUGUUCAAGGUCUUCGCACAGCAUCUCAUUCCGCGGUAUGGUUCCGCAGAUGAAUCUUGUCGUGAGAGCACAGCCGCGUGUCCUUUUUGUUCUUGAAGCAC